AUGAUAAGAGCACUCAGGCUACAGACUCCAGGUCUUCAUCGGCCUUUUCGCUCACCUUCUCCUUCGUUGUCUAAGGUCUUCACCCGAGACGCCAGCUUGUCGGCUAUUCAUCGCGGGCUUCGCCAGUCCGAACGAGCAGAGUAUGGCGAAGCUCGGGAGCGCGCUCCGGCCCGCCGCCCGCGAAAGCCAAGCGACCGCGUCGUGAACUCAUUUGGGCGUCCACGUACAUCCGGGCAAGAUGUGCGCGCGCGAUCCGAGAUCCAGUCUCUUACACAGAAGGCCUUGGAUGGGGCGGGCUCCAAAAGACAGCAGGCUAAGCUGCUGUCAAAGUUGAAGAAAAAGCAGGAUGAGGUCGAUGGCACAGGCAAGAAGACGCGCAGGAAAAGAUUCUACGAUGAGACGACAGAUUUUGGCAAGAACAGCUUGGUGUACCAGUUGAAGCAUGGGCACUUGCAAGGACUGAAGGAUGCCAUCGAGCCACCAGUCAAGCCUUUGGCAAGGGGGGCGCGAAUGACCAACGACGAUUUCAAGCAGCGAAUGGACAACACCUCUGACGAAGUCUCUGCUACUGGGAGUCGCAGGCGACCUAUGACACCGAGGCGAGAAGACAGGUCCGACCAGCGUGCGCGAGAAUCGUCUAGCUCCGGGAGAGGCCGCUUUGAUGCCGACGGAGACCGCUCAGGGCGAUCCCUCCAACGUCGUGAUGAUCGGCAUGCUCGAAAUGUUGACAAAACCGACGACAGAGACACCCGUCCCACCCGACACGAGCCUGAAGAUGGCGUAUUUCGACCUGCGCCCCGCGAACGGCGACACAACAUGAUGCCACUCCAAGUAAAAUACACGACCGCCGCCUCACAAUUUCUCUACGGAACGUCAGUCGUCAAAUCAGCCCUCGACCAAGGUCAGCGUAAACUGUAUAAUCUCUAUAUCUAUGGCGGAGAGAACCGUCGCCAGACGUGGGAGACUGUCAGGAUCAAGAAUUUCGCCAGGCAGAAGAAUGUGCCCAUCACCAUAGUUCCCGCCGAGGACCAGCGAUUGAUGGACAAAAUGAGCCAGGGAAGACCACACAACGGCUUCGUACUGGAGACCAGCCCUUUGCCCACGAGGAAGGUGGCAUCCCUUGGGGCUCUCGAGGAGAGACCUGACAAGCUAGGCUUCCAUGUCGAACUCGGAUAUCAGAGUAAAGAGGAGGACAAGGUGAAUGGUACGGACACAUUCGUCCCAAGGAGGAGUGCAGUCACGGCCCGCCCUCUUGUGCUCUUCCUCAACGAGGUCGUCGACCCAGGCAACCUAGGCGCCAUCAUCCGCACAGCGAGCUACCUCGGGGUGGAUGCCGUCGGCAUCUCUUCUACUGGAUCUUCGGAUCUCACCCCCGUUGUGCAAAAGUCGGGCGCAGGGGCCAUUGAAGAGAUGACAAUCUUCAAAGUCGACAAUGCCGAAUCGUUCCUCCGCGACUCGAGCAACGCGGGUUGGAUGACGUUUGCCGCAGUACCACCCAUCGAUAACAGACUCGCUCGCCAGCAUCGCGAAAGGAUCAUCACGACUGACAACGUCGAGCGCAGCAGCCCCGUCUCACGACAUCCAUGCGUAAUCGUGCUGGGCAACGAAGGCAUCGGCCUGCCGAAGCCUGUCAAGGCUGCAUGCACGCACUGGGUAUCCAUUCCGAAAUUUAUGCAGGAAACGUGCGUGGACAGUUUGAACGUCAGUGUCGCAGCUGGUCUUCUUGUACACUCUUUUGUGAAGAAGCCCCUGACCUCGGACGUUGCUCAGGAGGAGGCUGCAGAGCACGGAAAUGAAGCUGGGGACGAGGUUGCUGAGCCUCAGGGGGAGAAGAUGUUUUAA